GAGACAGUGACAGAGUCGGAAAUACCAAGAAAUAAAAAGGGCAAAAAGAAGAUGGCAAGAAGCUGUGGAAAGAAGGGAGAAGGGACCACAAAUGUUGGAGCUUAAUCCAGCGUCACACAUUUUUCUCACCCUCUCCAGUUUUCAAACCUAAAAAAGUAACAACAAAAUUCAAUAUUUUUAAGAAUAAAAAACAAAAAACACGUAACUUUAUGUUAAUUCAGACGUUAAAAGUAACGGCUGAUAAUCGCUUUUGCAAUCAUUGUAGCACUGCUUAACUUCACCCUUCUCACUUCACAUUCAUUCAUACCAACAACAACAACAACACUUCCCCAACCGGAAUCUUCACACUUCCCACCAAAUCUCAUCAAUACUUCUUUUCGAUCGCACUUAAGCGUAUGCACCACUCUCAAGGGUUUCUUUGGUGGAUCCCUAAGGCUUUGUUUGGAGUUAGAGUGGUGGGGUUAGGAGGUUGGAAUGAGCAGCUUAAGGCCUGAACUGCAUGUUGCCCAACAACUUCGGAGGGACAAAUUGAGGAUCCAAAACAGUUCCCACCAACAUUUGCAAGAGUUCCCAAGCAACCUAGAACAGUUAUCGUUACACCCAGGUUUCAACUUGGAUCUUCUUCAAGUGAGAAAUGUUCGAAAUGGAAACAUGCUUGACGAUGCCCUUUAUUCAUCGGAUAUGAUAUCUUUUUCCACUCAAAGAAACCCGUUGGAGUGUCAAGAACUGAUGAUGGCUCAGUAUGGUUCCACUUCGUUUCCUCAUUCAUCGUCCCCGAAGGACCAACAAUGUGAACCACGCCACUUGGGAGCUAAUUGGAUGGUGAAUUACAACGAAAGCAACCCCAACACCAACAAUACCACCUUCUUCUCUUCCGAGCUUAAUAACAAUGCUUCUGGUGAAAUAGCCAAUAGAGAAAUUCAGAAGCAGUUCGGUGAAAUGCAUUACCCUCCUUCUUCGUCUUCUUCGCCUCCUCUUUACCAUAAUGCUUUGCAGGACAUGUCUUACGGCGUUUGGGGAGGAAACCAUGCUGAGCCUGUGCUUCAUUAUCAAGCAAACAACGAGUUACGUUUUGGGGGUGCUAAUUUAUGGACAAAUAGUAGCGGGAUGGGUUUCAAGAAGAAUAAUGAACAAGACAUAAAUCCUCAUCAGGGUUUAUCACUGUCACUUUCCUCGAACUCACAAUCUAAGCCUUGUUUUGAAGAAGGGUCUGCAUCAGAUGACCCUACUCAAUAUUCAAAGUCAUUGAAGUCCUCCAUGAAGUUGAACGUUCUUUCAAACAAUACUGUUUAUCGAAAUGUUGGCCCCCUCGGUCCCUUCACCGGGUACGCCACGAUUUUGAAGAGUUCGAGAUUCUUGAAGCCGUGCCAACAGCUGUUAGAUGAGUGGUGCUGUCAAUACGGUUCAAAGUCUGCGAAAGGAGGGGGUUGUGACGUUCCAGAGUGGGUCUCUCGAGAUGUCAGUGCUGCCUCUAUUUCUGCAGCUGCAACUGCUGGUGAUGCUCUUAAUGUUGAUGAAAGUGGGGUUGCUGCAAAAGGUGUUAGCUAUCUGGGUGCUUCAUCCUCUGUGUUGUAUAGUUCAAAUGAAAAUGCUAAUACAAAUAGCGCUGAUGGCGGAGCCACGAGUAACUUUUGUCUUUCUUCUCGGCCAGAGUGCCAAAAGAAUAAGGCCAAACUACUGUACAUGCAGGAGGAGUUCCUAAACAAAGUGUUUGAAAUCGGAGGGUUAUUAGUGGUUACUAGGAGAUACAAGCAAUACCAUCAACAAAUGCAAAUGGUUGUUCAAUCGUUCGAGUCUGUUGCUGGUCUUAGUUCUGCAACUCCUUAUGUCUCCUUGGCUCUCAAGUCAGUAUCGAAACACUUCAGAUGCUUAAAAAGUGCUAUCUCUGAUCGACUGAAGCUUACAUGUGAAGUCUUGGGAGAGGAAUUUUCAAUGCCAACCACAAGUAAUGGUGGUAAAUUUGACAGUAACAUGGCAAGGCUAAGGUGCAUAGAUCAAAGUUUUCAGAAAAACAAAUCUUUGGGGGCGAACAUAAACUUUCUUGAGCCCCAACAACACGUGUGGAGGCCCCAGAGAGGCUUGCCAGAAAGAUCAGUUGCAAUUCUUAAAGCUUGGCUCUUUGAGCAUUUUCUUCAUCCGUACCCCACGGACACUGAUAAACACAUGUUGGCUACCCAAACAGGUCUUUCAAGAAACCAGGUAUCAAAUUGGUUCAUAAAUGCUCGAGUGCGUGUGUGGAAGCCAAUGGUUGAGGAAAUACACAUGCUCGAAACAAAGGGUGCAACAGAAGCCCACCAAGCCUCUAAUAAAAGUGACCAGGUAGCUUCUGCAUCUGAAGGUAGCAACCGGCCCAAAUCAGAUCACCAACCUGUGAGCAGGUAUGGCACGCAUGCAUCAUCACAUGCAAUCCCUGACAAGCAGUUUCAGUGUUUGGAAAUGGGGUCAUCAUCCUCAGCAGGCAAUGAGGAACACAUUGGGAUGAAUGAAGACCAAUGGAAUCAAGAGAAGAGAUCAAAACUGGAAUGCCAGAUUGCUGCCACACCAAACAUGGAUGGGACAGUGAUGGGGUUUAUGCCCUACAGAAGAGGUGGACUUGAGGUUGGUGGUCUUGGUUCUGUGUCACUCACUUUGGGUCUUAGGCAUAGUGUUGAAGGUGUGCAACAGCAACAACUGCAGCAAGAGGAGGAGCUUAGGCGUCAGUUUGGAGGGCACAUGAUCCAUGACUUUGUGGGCUAGUUAGAUACUUGUCACUAGGGAAAGAAUAAGAAUUGGUCAAGGGAAUGGAGACCCUUUUGUAGCUAAGUGGUAAAAAUGGAGUUUUUGUAUACAUUUGCUUGGUGAUGAGGAAAAGGAGAGGUGGGGGUGGGUUACUGUGUAAGCUGUUUUUUACCUUCUAAUUUUUUCUUGUGUUGGGGAAAUUGUGAACUGAAAUUGGUGGCUAACCUUACAACAUGGCGGAUGAGUAAGCCGUUUCCACGGUGUCUUUAGAAGCAGUGAUCAGUGUUAAACUUGCAAAGAUAGUGAAAAGCAGGGCAAAUAAUUCAAGGUCAAGUAUUCCUGCAUGCACAGUUCUGUAAUAUUUAACUUAAUGCGCAAUAUUUAAACAAUAAAUUCUUCUCGUUCUAUUUCCAUUCUCUUUUUCUG